AUGACGCUCUUGACCGUCACUUCCCUCGAGGAAUUGGUCUGUCUCGCUAGUUUGACAGCCGGUGUUUUUUGGACGAGUGGCUCAAGUGAAGGGCUAAAUUGUGACUUGGAAAAGAAAUACGCGUGGUGCUCGACGGGCUUCAACGCUUCCAUGACUUUAACUUCGUCUCCGGAUUUCUGGCUCUCGACAAACGCAACCCCUUCAUCCACCCUCGAUCGAUGUUUGGCCCUUGUCAAUUCAGCAAACUCUAAAAAUCAGGGAAUGGAGCACCGAAAUUGUGAAGAUGCGCUGCCCUACAUUUGCCAGUACCAUGUUGACUGUCCGGAUCAGUGCUCCAAAAAUAUGACUUGGAUGGAUAGCUACCGCCAUUGCUGCGCUUUGGGAAUGGAAACCUUGAACAUUGACAAUGAAGCCGAGCAAAGAGGAUUGACCAACAUGACCGUCGCCUUGAAAGCUAACUGGAAAGCGAAUUUCAACUACUGGACCUCCGGUACGAGGAAUGGGGCCCAAAAAGGUCAAUGGUCAUGGUGCGAACCCAACGGGCCCACGGUUUUCUCCGCGAAACUCAAGUGGGAAGCUGGCCAGCCUGACAACAGUGGCGGCAGCGAGAGCUGCGUCCACUUCCGCUUCGUUCUCAAUGCCACAGGCGCCAUCAUGACCGAUAGAAAUUGCACCAGUAAAUACAUAUUCGCUUGCAAGGUGACUUUUCAUCUCAAAGACUUUUUCUCCUAUGGCGACUGGUACGAUGGAUGCGGCCGCAAUUUUUUGACGUUUUCUAAAGAGCCGUCAAACUGGACCCACGCCUGGAAUUGGUGCUGCAAAAUCGGCUUGACCCUGGCGUCAAUGGAGUCGACCGGAAAAUCGAUUUGCUUUUCCAAAAUUGUUUCCAAAUUUGCCCCUGCAAUUUUUGGAGACUACUGGCUCGCAGGAACAGACCUGAGAUGCGAUUCCAACUUCCGUUGGUGCUCUCGAAGCCAGGAUUUUGUCGAACCUGAGCUCAAGUGGAAGGCGGGACACCCUUUAAAAGGUUCAAACUGCGUUUAUCUCGAGGUUAGAAACGGAUCCGUGCUGCUCGCCUCCGCUGACUGCGCCGAGAAAAAGGAUUUUCUGUGCGAGGUGCGGAGAAAAAACACCUUUGGGAAGGCAAUGCAGACCGAAUGUGCGGAAAUUUGGGACAUUACCAGCAACCAAAUUGAUUUACUUUUGAACGUCACUGCCUUCCUCUCGACCGACAUAUCGCUCAAUUUGAAGGUAUAG